UGUGGCCCCAUAAGUGCCACCUGUCAGUGCUCAUCAGUGCCACGUGCCAGUGCCCAUCAGUGCCACCCAUUAGUGCCAGUCAGUGCCACCUAUCAAUGCCAGUCAGUGCCACCUAUCAAUGCCAAUCAGUGCUGCCAAUCAGUGCCGCCUAAGUCAGUGCCGCCUAACAGUGCCAGUCAGUGCCGCCUAACAGUGUCAUGUAUCAGUGCUGCCUUUCAGUGCCCAUCAGUGAUGCCUGUCAAUGCCCAUCAGUGAA